AUGGCUGCCCUGGAGGAAAACCUCAUCAAGCCCGUCAAGCCCGGUCUGCCCCCUCCUCCCUCCGCCGACUUUUUUCAGCCGGCCCAAUGGGAGGUUCUCUAUAGUCUACUCGACGCAGUUCUGCCUGCAGUUGCGCCCGUGUCCGUGGCACCAAGGCAGGAGACGGAUGGCAAAUUGGGGGCCAUUAUCGUGCCUAAAGAUGAGUUCGAGAGCAUCAUUGACAAGGCGGCGGGAUCCAACACGGAGCCGCCCUCGCGUGACUCUCUCGAGGACUUCUUUUCUCGGAACAUAACCGAAGAUGCUCGGGUUCGAGAGGACUGUCUGCGGAUGAUCGCAGUGAGCGCUCGAAAGGAGGCGUUGGCAAAGCUCCUGUCGUUCAUGAAUACAUAUAUCGGCAGCAGGCUUUUGACGGGAUAUUGGGGACCCAUCACGACUCAACCAAGCCAUGUUAGACAGGCCAUCCUCCAGUCGUGGGUAACCUCACGCUGGCCUACCAUGAGAAGCCUGGGCAAGUCCAUUACGAGCAUCGCCCUCAAGUCGGUGACGACGAGCAGCAGCAUGCUGCACCAACUGUCGGGCUACAGCGACGUGCCGCGGGACUGGAAGGCCACGGCAAGCUACGACUUCAAGUUCGUCCAGCCCGGGGAGGGCGCGGACGUCUACACGAUCAGGACGGACGUCGUCGUCGUCGGGUCCGGCUGCGGCGGCGCCGUGUGCGCCAUGAACCUCGCCGAGGCGGGCCACGGCGUGCUGGUCGUCGACAAGGGGUACAACUUCCCGGCCUCCCACCUGCCCAUGUCGCAGGACGAGGGCACCCACCACCUCUUCGAGAACGCGGGCAUCGUCAUGGCGGAGAACGGCGGGCUCGGGGCGAUCGCGGGGUCCAACUGGGGAGGGGGCGGGACCGUCAACUGGAGCGUGUGCCUGAAGCUCGAGGAUCGGGUGCGCGGGGAGUGGGCGGGCCGCGGCCUGCCGUUCUUCUCCUCGCCCGAGUACGACGAGUGCGUCGACCGCGUGUGGGAGUUCGCGGGGGCGUCGACGGGCGGGAUCCGUCACAGCCACAGCAACAGGGUGCUGCUGGGCGGAGCGAGGAAGCUGGGGUGGGCGGCGGCCGAGGCGCCGCAGAACACCGCGGGAAAGGUGCACGACUGUGGGCAGUGCCUCCUAGGAUGCGGAUCGGGUGGGAAGAGGGGACCGACGGUGAGCUGGCUGCCUGCGGCUGGGGAGGCGGGCGCGCAGUUCAUGGAGGGCUUCCAGGUGGACAAGGUUCUGUUCGAUGAGGAGGGCAACAGGGCGGUUGGCGUGGAAGGAUUGUGGACGUCGAGGGGUGCCAACGGCCGUCUGGAUGUGCCAGAGAGUGAGAGGGUCCAAAGAAAGGUGCGGGUUGAGGCCAAGAAGGUCAUUAUUGCUGCUGGAAGCUUCAGAAGCCCGGUGAUCUUGAUGGCCAGUGGGAUCGAGAACCCGCAACUCGGCAAGAACCUCCAUUUGCACCCAAGUAACGUCGUCACCGCGACGUUUGGGCACGAUACUGAUCCUAACGGGGGCGGGAUCAUCACGAGCUGCUGUUCCGAGUUUGACAACCAAGAUGGCAAGGGCCACGGCGUAAAGCUGGAACCUACAUGCAUGGUGCCUUAUACCUGCCUGACAAUGUUCCCCUGGAGGAAUGGGGUCGACACCAAGCUUAUGCUGCUGAGGUAUCGGCGCCUCAACUCCUUCAUCGCCAUCACUCGAGACAGAGACUCGGGGGAGAUCCGGCGCGAUCCCGCAACGGGCAGGCCGCUUGUCGACUACACGGUCUCCGAGUUCGACCAGAAACACGCAGAGGAAGGCGUGGUUGCCCUGACGAAGAUCCUGUACGUGUCCGGUGCGGACGAGAUCCAACCUUACUAUCCCAACCUCGAGCCCUUCGUCAGGACGAAGAAGAGCCGGGUUGUGGAAGACACGGACGCCCAGGAUCAAACCGAGGAUCCUGAGAAGACGGACCCGGCGUUUGCGGAGUGGCUGCGGGAGCUGCGCGCGAAGGGCAACAGACCUCCGUCCGGGCAGUGGUCCGCGGCGCACCAGAUGGGCUCGUGCCGGAUGGGAGCCUCGCCAGAGGAGGGCGUCGUGGAUGAGAGGGGGAAGGUCUGGGGGAGGGAGGGGCUGUACGUGGCGGACUCGAGCGUGUUCCCGAGUGCGAGUGGUGUCAACCCGAUGAUUACGAUCCAGGCGAUUGCAGAUUGGAUAUCGAGGGGUGUGGAUAAGGAGCUGAGAGGAUGA